AUGGCCCCUCGCUCAAAUUCUCCCUUCGCAUCUCCGCGACCAUUGCGUUCCCCUCGCACCGCAGAGAAGGUUGUCAAGCGCAACAUCUCCUUGUGUGACUUGGCGGAUGAUGUCACGCGUGAGCCAGACUUCCUGGACGAGAGCAGGGAGCGGCUUAGCUUGCAGGCCACAGGUCUACUGAACGAAGCGGAGGAAGCAAUCGAUGAAGAGGCAUUUCAGGCAGCUGAAAGGGCUGCCUCAGAUGCCUUGCAUUUGUUUCGGGAGAUUGGCGACAGGACCAUGGCAGUGACGGCAGCAGUGAAAUCCAUUCUUGUUUGGCAAGAAGAGAUUUCCAUCUCCAGUUUAGACCAGUUGAGCCAGGGUCGGGAAGAGUUGGAAGCAGCCUACAUUCGAGCUUCUGAGGACUGCGCUGAAGGUGGCUAUAGCUAUGACCCUUUGACGUGGGCAUUGGACAUCACAGUUCCAGAUGAACAGACCAAACAGGCGGUUGAACUUUGCGACUUGAAUGCCAUUUGGCCCUCUGCUGCUGGCAGCCUUGACCGCGAGGAUUUCAGACAGCGAAUGCGAGGAAGAGGGGCCACAAGCGAUCGUGCCAUCGACUCUGUCUUCAAUGCUUUUACUGGUGGCACAUAUUUGAUAACCAGGCGGGACGAAGCACAAGAGCUACUGCAAGCAUGUCGUGCUGGCGGCAAGGCAGAGACUGGACCAUUAGGGCCUGGCCUUCUCAGUGCGCGACUGCAGAUCAUUGGUGCUGCAAUGAUGAUGUCCUUGGUUGAGCUCAAGAUGCUUCAAGCAGUGAAGCCAAAGGAGGUGAUUUCCAUGGCCAAAGCUGCCCUGGCAUUGGUACAGCCACUUCACAAUAAGCCCCUGAAGGCCCAUGGACUUGUAACCCUGGCCCAGAGCUACGAGCAUGCGCAGAAAGGCGAUCACAUGAUGCGCGCAGCCCGUGCCGCUGUGGAGGCCUAUCGGCAGUUGGCUGACAAAAGAGGUGAAGCCAAGGCUCUGCACUUUGUGGCAGCUGCUGCUGGUCUCAACAAUGACUUGAAUGAGGCUGUGCGAAGCUCCAGCCAGGCCUGUGCCUUGUACCAUGAGCUCCAACUGCAUGCUUUAGAGGCACCUGCGGGGCACUUGUCAGUUUCUUGA